GCCAGCUUGCUUGGUGGAGGGAGAGCAGGUGGCUGGGGUCUGGGACGCAGCAACGCAUGCUCCUGAGGUUCUUCGGUGGUGCUUGAUGCUGGAGAGUAGGUGAAGUGUGCGCUUAGCUGGAUGUCUCUGGUGGGUCUGAUUUCUAUCAGCAAGCAGCCUUCCGGACGAGGCUGGCACGAGCGCGGGAGAUACGGAACCGAAGCUUUCAAGGCGUCCUUAUUUUGUCGCACGGAAGAAGCUUGCUGCUUCUCGUUGGGCUUACUCAUUUACGCUUCGCGCCUUUUCAGGGCUCGCUGUGCUGCCAUCUAACAGAGAAGCGGGGUUGUGUUCCAAAAGCGCCUAUAAAAAUCUUCAAGCGGGGCCUGGUUCAUUCGAUCGUAAGGCCGUAGUUGGAAAGCAAGGCCAUGGCGCAUAUGCGCCGGGCUGAGAACUCGGAUACUCGCUCACAAGGCUUUGAUAGGGGGAGGGGCCACCUGAAUCACCAUUCGGACCGACCGCGCUAUUCCCCACCUUUUGAAGGGGAGCUUGGAGGGCACCUUUUUCUGACAAACCACCAGCAAAUAGAAGAAAAUUUUGCACGACAGAUCUUUGGUCUCCCAAAGCAACACGCGCCAACCGUGCUCCGCAUCAAGGAAGGCCUCCCUCUCUUCCUCUACAAUACCUCCACACGUGCUCUGCAUGGUGUCUUUGAGGCAGCAAGCGACGGUGGACUGAAUUUAGAGCCAGACGCCUGGCAAGAUCACGCUCUCUCUGCCCAGCUCAAGCAGCCCUUCUCAAAGUUCCCAGCACAGGUGCGCUUUCGCGUACGCGCUGACAGGGGAAGGCUCGCUGAGCCAAAGUUUCGGGACAUCCUUGACUACCAUACCAGCGACUACAACACACAUUUCCGUCUCCCACUCUCCAUAGAACAGGCAAACCACCUUUUGGAGCUCUUCAACAUGGCCCCCUCAGGACCCCGCCCGGCUCCGCCAACCGCAGAGCAGCCAUCCGCCGCUGGUGAUGUCAUAGACGAAGGGGAUUGGGAGCAGGUCAAGACGAAACCGCGCACCAAGCCACUGAAAGUCCAACCGGGCAACUCAUAUGGCCGGCAAGUAGGGUCUCCGACAGGGCCUUCUACUCCGAGGCGGAGAGCAGAGGGGCCGAGGCCCGGACACCAGGGCCCUGUUGGGAACGGAGACGUUGGUGGUGGUAGAGGGGGCCCUGACAGGUGGCGGCCGGAUGGCGGCGACUGGGCAGCGCGAGCGGGGGGAAGGCAGCAUACAGGUUCUGUCUGGGGAGCGAGAGAGGGUGCCGCAAAGGAAGGCGGUGCAAAGGAGGGGGCUUUGAAAGAGGAUGCCGGUGUGGGGAGAGCUGAAGAGAGGGGCAGCAAGGCGGAGGUUCGUGAGAACGGCAUCCUGGAAACAGGGCCUGCGAAGCUCAGUCCGAGGAAGCCUGGAGCGCAGGCGGCGAAGGAGGCCCCGUUUUCGAGCCCGCGAGAGGCGGGGAUUUUGGGCAGCGGCAGUGCAGCAGUAGAGCAGGCAGAGGGGAAGGGACAGGUUGCGGAGAGCGUGACCACGGUUGCUGAUCCCCCUGCGAAACCGGGAAAAGCGGCAGUUAAGAGCAGCACGUUUUCUUAUAGUGCAGCUCUCAAGGUGGGACUCCCAGCCAAAAUGGAGGACAUUAGCGCGAGCGAGAAAGGCAGGGGAGGGGCAUCGGACACAGCGGGAAAAGCAGGGGGGGCGGAGAACGAGAGUGGCGAGGUGUUCCCGGUGCUUAGCAAGAGUAACUCAAAGAACGAGAGGGUUGCGAAGGCGCCAAAGAAGGAGCACGUUGCCGUCGUCGUGAAGAACGAGGAUGGGGAGACAAAGGAUGCUGACAGGAAGGACACCGAGAAGAAGGACGAUGAGAAAGAGGAUGCCGUGAAAAAGGAUGGCGUUGAGAAAAGCGGUAAGAAAGGAGAUGGGGAGAAGAAAGCGGAGGCGUCGAAAGUGGGGGAUGAUAUGAGCGAAAAGAAGGACGGGAAGAAAGUCGAGGCAAAGAAAGACGCGGAGAAAGCUGCGGGGGACAGGAAAGAGGCGCCGAAGAGCAAGGGCGAUCCGUUGCAAGCGCCAAAGAGCCCAAAGAGCAAAAGCGAAGCGGGCGAGGCGUUGGUUGGGGCGCAGAAAGCGGAGCCAUCGCCGCCGGCUAAGCCCGAGCCCGUCAAAGCUCCUGAAAAGCCGAAGCCGAACCCCUGGGGUAAGCUGCCGACGCCGAUCGAGCCGGUGUCUCUCGCGGAAGUGCAGCAAAAGGAACAGGAGCAGCAAGCGGAGCUGUCACACGCCGCCCGAAGGGAGCCUCAGGCGAAGCCCGCGAUAGGAGACAGAGAGGGUGCUGUAGACAGGACGAAAGAAGCUGUUGCUUUGCACGAGGGGGGUGAGCGGAGAGAGGCGGCCAAGCCAGUGGGGCGGGGGUGGGAAGCUAAGAAGCCCGAACUCCAGCAACCGGUGGUGCAGGUGCAAGCGCCCCAAAAGGGAGGGGGUGCGUUCGCUCCGCCGCUGCGGCAGAAGACACCCCCCCGGAUGCAGCAUCCGCAGCCCCUUGCCGCAAGACGGGGGGAGCCGGCGCCUGUAACGGACCUGUCGGCGCUGCCCCCCUCUGCGCCGGAACGGAUCCAGCAGCGCAGUAUGGGAAACUUGGUGGGGGGCAUCCCCGCCAGGAAUCGGACCCCCCCCCUCAGUCACCAUAGCCACCGGCCGCAGCCAGUGCAGGUCCCGGCCCCCCAGAGCCUCGGCACGGGGGUGCGAAUAAGCCCCACCGCAACCCCGUACACCCCCAACUCAGCCGGGUUUACCCCAUCCGCGACCCCGUUCACACCGUCGGGCCGGCUCUCCCCGGGCCUCCGAGGAUACGGCCCCCCGAUGGGGGUGCUCCAAACGCCCCCCCCGAUGUUUGCGGCCGACCCUAGCCUGGCGUACGACCAGAGCUGGCGCAUGCCUCGGGGGCGCAACGCGCCCCCCCCCUCGUGCAAACGGGGGGGUCGCGCCGCCCAUGGUCUACAGCCCCACGACUCCCCCUGACUACGGGUAUGCGCUCGCGGCGCUGUCUCCGUCCUCGCAGCCAGGGACGCCGCUGGGGCCCCCGGCGAUGGCGACGCUCGUGGGCGGGGGGUUGCUGCCGCCCCCCCCGCCGGAACUGCUGGCGAACGCAGACGCGCUGCACUGGGAGGUGCUGCGGUACGCGGAAAAGGCGCGACGGACGCCCGAGGCGCG